AUGCCAUGGAGGAACGCGGAGCUGCCGCCCAGGGAUCCUCUUACUGGGCAGCCGAUUCGACCACCGCCUUUCGCCUUGACCGGCGAGGUGUGGGAUUGGCUCAUGGGCGUGGCUGACCUGCAUCGCGUAAUGACGCCUCCGCAAGAAGAUACCACCGACUCUGUUACUCGAUCGCUCUCGCCGCCACCGUCUUUCAACAGAGAACUGAUGGUGUGGUGGCUCAAGCACGACUUCAACGUGCAUCUUACGGCACUUCCUUCAGACGACGUCGAGGCGGCAGAUGCUGAGGCCAACGCGCCAGCAGAGGAUGAAGACGGCACUUUGUCCGCGGAACCUUGUGACCAGGCAUGGUGGAAGCUUAGUAAGAAGCACAAGAAGAAGCCGAGAGUGAGGGAAAGAUUGCGGAAGGCUUUCUUUGCGGCCUUCGAUAUAGAAGAGGAACGUUAG